AUGGCGAAAAGAGAAAGAUCCAGAGAAGAGGAUAUCUCAGUUGGAUCAAGUGAACUACUCAAUUACUCGACAGGUACCAGCUUAGGUAGAGGUAGCUGCUCCCCAUUUCUCUCGUCUCCCAGACCCAACUUACCUCGUCAUGUUGACGGUAAGAAGGCCUUCUGUCUCUAUGAGGAGGGCGCCGACAUAAAAGCCGGCAGCGUAGGCAAACACGGGCGUGCAUCGGGCAAGGCCGGCAAGACAGGCGUAGAACAAGAGAGGUGUCCACGUCCAACUAGAAUGGUGAAGAAUGGAGAUUAUGGGAUGUUGGUAGGUUGA